CUUUAUCGCUGACAACUUUUAUAUCUGUUGUAGAACAAAUAUUUAACAACAGAUUUCAUUUCUACAGUCUUGCUCCUCAUAUCGUCGCGAGUGGCAUCGUGUGCUCACUGUUGUUACUGUUUUUACUUUUUUUUUUUAUUAUUAUUUAUUUCAAAGCCUCAACACGACUCAGACUCAGGGAAACAAACUAAAGUUUUUUUUUUACUCAUUCAGUUUUCUUUCGUCAGUCAAUCUAAAAUUCCGAUUAUUCAAGUUCGUCGAUUGAUUUUUUGAAGGAAUGAGGUCAACCGGUAAAGUCAUAAAUAAUUAAUAAAAAAAAAUUAAAUCACGACUUAUUGCUGAUAAAAUAAAGUUUAAGUGACGAAAUAAAAAAAGAAUUUUUUUUAUCAAGUGUUCGGCACUUGACUUUAAUUGCAUAACAAAAACAAGAAGGUUUCCUUCGAAUGCAAUCGGAUGUUCAUGAAAAUGAAAAAGUGUCAAUAUUGAGGAGGCAUUAUUGCUCCAUUUAGAGUAAUUUAGUGUGAUGAAAAGUGAACGAAAUUCAGUCAUCGUGAAGAUAUUUCAUGACUAGUUCCAUUCAAUUAUUAUGUGUGCAUUAUAAUAAAAAGUCAACAAAUAAAUAUUAUUCCGUACUUACUUACAUACAUCUCUUUGCUCUUAUCAUCGUAAACAACAAGUCAAAUAAUUAAUAAUAAAAAAUAAUAUAUAGUAUAAUUAUGUGUGUACAGAACGAGAGACGAGACGAGAUUUUGUAAAAAAAAAUAUAUGAACUAGUAACAAGAACAUCAAAAGACUAUAAUUCGUGCCAAAAUGUCAAAAGAACCGUUCAAUUUAAAAAUGGAUUUACUCAAAACACCACGGAUCCAGAAGAUGGGAGUCUCAAUGACAUCCCUAAAAUCAACUACCGACGAUGAUGAUGCCACAAGUGGAUUGGGUUAUCAAAAUACUUUGAACUCAAAAAUUCCAUCGAUUAGUCAAGCACAACUUCCAAAUUCUCAAAAAGUAUCACUCGGGCUGAAAAGUGCUCAUCAAACCAAUCAAGCAAUUUAUGAGAAUUAG